UGCCCUCUUCAACACUAUUAGCUAUUACUUCGAACUGGGAAGAGGGAGUCCUUAUUCACUCAACCGAGAGAGAGGGAGAGAUCAUCUUUGAUAUAACUGUUCAACUGCACAGCAGACAGAGUGGAGCGCGCUGCAGGAGCACAGCGCACUGUCCGUUUCGUUGGCUAUUACCUCUUCUUUGUUUCUUUUAGUGGGUGUCGAGUUUUUCAGGUGAUUUUUAAACAAAUGAACACUGCUCGAAUCUUAAGGUGAUGCCACCUAUUUUCACUCUUAAGAGGACCCGGGACACGCGCUCUGAGUGGGAGAUUAAGACCAGCAAGUUAUUCUGACUGAACGUGUCCACCACUAUUCUCACUGGGAACAUGGCUCUCUGUCCGCAGUUACUGCUGCUGCUCGGAUGGAGCUAUCUAUUCGGUGGAUAUUGCGCGAUGUUGAAAGAUCAUUUCACUGGUUUGAAAAGAAAAGGUGAAUCUGGGCACUCAGGUGCCCCCCUGGGGGACAAAGACCGCUCAGAGAAGAAUGAGCAAGACCUGCUUUUACAGGAUACUAUGACGGAACACAUGCAGAUGCUUUACGACAAAUAUAACCGUGCAGGAUUUCCUUUCAAGGAUGGGAAUACGGUCCGCAGCUUUAAAGCGCAUUGGGGCACCAUCAACAACAAGCAGCUCCAGAUCUUCAACCUGACGUCUCUCACCAAGUCAGAGGCCGUCCUGUCAGCCUCGCUCCACUACUACAUAGGAGACCUCCAGAACAGCACCCGGCACCCGGGCUGCAACAGCACCACCAGGCCCAAGAGCUGUGGAGCCCCUUCGACAUUCCGCCAUGGCCCCAGGAGACACAGCCACCUCCAGAUGGAUGUGUGGAGCUUUUCCUCAGUGGAUAACCACACCAGGGCUUUGGGCCACUUUGUGAUCAACGUGUCUACGCUAUACAGGGACUUCAUUUCUUGGCAGUGGAAGGACGUCACCCGGGUGGUGAACCAAGCCAAGCGUCAUCGUGAGCUGCUGAUCGGGAUAGACGUGGCAUCCCAGCCUGGACCCAGGCCCUGGAAGAAGCUCCUCUCAGACCGCUCUCCUUACAUCCUGGUCUACGCCAACGACUCGGCCAUCUCUGAGCCCGAGAGUGUGGCGUCGACACUACAGAGGCAUCAAACGAUGACUACAGCUGGAGAAGGGGCUUUCGCCUCUGGCUUCAAUAGACUGGGGCUGCACGCUCGGAAUAACACCGCCGCGCAACAACAGGCGCCUCCGAACAGACGCCGGCGCUCGGCUAGCGUCCUCCUCCCGCUCCAGAACAACGAGUUACCGGGGCCGGAGUACCCGUAUGAGACGACGGGCUGGGACGAGACCAGCCCCUACGAACCGCUGGAGAACAAGCCAGUCCGUCGGCCGAGGAAAAAGCCGCGUGGUAAGAGCCAGAGGCACGGCGGUAAGAUGCCCCUGCUGCAGUUUGACGAGCAGACGAUAAAGAAGUCUCGUAAGAAGCAGUGGAACGAACCACGGAACUGUGCUCGUCGCUACCUGAAGGUGGACUUUGCAGACAUUGGCUGGAGCGAGUGGAUUAUAUCUCCCAAGUCUUUUGACGCCUACUACUGCUCAGGGUCAUGCCAGUUCCCCAUGCCUAAGUCUCUGAAGCCUAGCAACCACGCCACCAUCCAGAGCAUUGUGAGAGCGGUAGGGGUGGUGUCUGGUAUCCCUGAGCCCUGCUGUGUCCCAGACAAGAUGUCUUCCCUCUCCAUCCUCUUCUUCGACGAGGACAAGAACGUGGUGCUCAAAGUCUACCCAAACAUGACUGUGGACUCCUGCGCCUGCAGAUAGGGAUAAUUACCACACACACACACACACACACAUAGAACAAACUCUCUGCAGCAUAGCCACCUCUCAAGGAUCAAGGAUAUUCCACUUUUGCACUCUCAGAGAGGGAUUACAAUAUACUAUCUAAAUGAAGAUGGACCUUUUCAGGGAAGGACUGCUGGACCUUCCUCCUACUGGAAUCCUGAAGCACCCUGGGAAAUAGACUGCUGACUAGUCUCAUCAUCAUCAUCGCUAUCACCACCAUCAUCAUCAUGGGUUUUUACUUGAUUGAAUACAAUUAACCAACCGCUGGCAAGGAGGACCUAAUGCAGUUUGAGGUAGCACCUUAAAGAUGGAGGCAAAAACACCCAGAAUGAAAGACCUUCUGUGAUUCCUGAGCUCCAACAGUAUGUUGUAUGCCCAUUGGGACAUUGACCCAUCUGUUGUUGUUUUGGCUCUGUACUCCAGCACUUUGAAAUUUGAAAUUAUACAUUGACUGUGAGGUUAAAGUGCAAACUGUCAACAUUCAUUUGAGGGUAUUUUCAUCCAUAUCGGGUGAACCGUUUAGAAAGUACAGAACUUUUUGUACCUAGUCCACCCAUUUUAGAGGACCAAAAGCGUUAUUGGGACAAAUUCACUUAUGUGAAUUUAAGAGGUCCUUAAUGAAUCACAAUGAGUGAGAAAGUUACAGAUACACACAUACCCCCAAGACAUGCUAACCUCUCACCAUUACAAUAACAGGGGUGGUUAGCAUACCCCCAAGACAUGCUAACCUCUCACCAUUACAAUAACAGGGGUGGUUAGCAUAUCCCCAAGACAUGCUAACCUCUCACCAUUACAAUAACAGGGGUGGUUAGCAUAUCCCCAAGACAUGCUAACCUCUCACCAUUACAAUAACAGGGGUGGUUAGCAUAUCCCCAAAACAUGCUAACCUCUCACCAUUCCAAUAACAGGGGAGGUUAGCAUUUUAUAUCAUAUCCCCAAGACAUGCUAACCUCUCACCAUUACAAUAACAGGGGUGGUUAGCAUACCCUCAAGACAUGCUAACCUCUCACCAUUACAAUAACAAGGGAGGUUAGCAUACCCUCAAGACAUGCUAACCUCUCACCAUUACAAUAACAAGGGAGGUUAGCAUACCCCCAAGACAUGCAUUUUUGAGAGGGGGUAUGAUAUUUGUGCGUCUGUAACUUUCUCACUCAUCAGGAUUUAUCCGUAACCAUGGUAUAAUCCACGUUAAGUGUUUAGAAACAUAGUCUAUUCUUAUUUACAAUAAAAGUGACUUCAAAAUGACACAAUACAUUAUUUACCAUUCAUUUCUAUUGGGCACAAAAUACUCUGAAACACAACCAAAACUAACAGCAAAUGCAUCCAACAAGUUUGUGGAGUCACAAGCUUGAUGUAGUCAUUGCAUGCUAGGAACAUGGAACAAAAUACUACACUUUUCCCAUAAAACGGGGGAACAAAUAAAUGAAUUUGUCCCAAUACUUUUGAUCCCCUAAAAUGGGGGAACUUGGAACAAAAAGUGCUGUACCAUUUCAAAUCUGAAGUGCUGGAAUACAAAGCCAAAACAGCUCACUGUAUCUGCCCCUGUUUUAAUAACCACAGGACCCUAGUACUGCCCUUGUUUUAAUAACCACAGGACCCCGGUACUGCCCCUGUUUUAAUAACCACAGGACACCGGUACUGCCCCUGUUUUAAUAACCACAGGACCCCAGUACUGCCCCUGUUUUAAUAACCAGAGGACCCCGGUACUGCCUCUGUUUUAAUAACCAGAGGACCCCAGUACUGCCCCUGUUUUAAUAACCACAGGACCCCAGUACUGCCCCUGUUUUAAUAACCACAGGACCCCAGUACUGCCUCUGUUUUAAUAACCACAGGACCCCAGUACUGCCUCUGUUUUAAUAACCAGAGGACCCCGGUACUGCCCCUGUUUUAAUAACCACAGGACCCCAGUACUGCCUCUGUUUUAAUAACCACAGGACCCCAGUACAGCCCCUGUUUUAAUAACCACAGGACCCCAGUACAGCCUCGUCACCCCAGUACAGCCUCGUCACCCCAGUACAGCCUCAUCACCCCGGUACAGCCUCAUCACCCCAGUACAGCCUCAUCACCCCGGUACAGCCUCGUCACCCCGGUACAGCCUCGUCACCCCAGUACAGCCUCAUCACCCCGGUACAGCCUCGUCACCCCAGUACUGCCUCGUCACCCCAGCACUGCCUCAUCACCCCGGUACUGCCUCAUCACCCCGGUACUGCCUCAUCACCCCGGUACAGCCUCAUCACCCCGGUACAGCCUCGUCACCCCAGUACAGCCUCGUCACCCCAGUACAGCCUCGUCACCCCAGUAUUGCCUCGUCACCCCAGUACAGCCUCGUCACCCCAGUACUGCCUCGUUACCCCAGUACAGCCUCGUCACCCCAGUAUUGCCUCAGUGGGACUCUUCUGGGUUGACUGAAGUGGUCAGACAGACACAUUCUAUAUCAUUCCUCCCCAGUUCUAAGUUUUUUUUUUUACCAUUACCAAGGAACCUCCACCUCUCCUCAACCUCUUCCUCCACCUCUUCCUCUACCACCUCCUCUUCCUCCUCUCUUCCACCUCUCCGUCCUCCACCUCCUCACCUCGUCCUCCUCCUCCCUCUCCAACCACCUCUUCCUCCCUCUCCUCAUCCUCCUCCUCCACCUCUUCUCAUGCUCCUCCUCCACCUCUUCCUCUACCUCCUCCACCUUUUCUCAUGCUCCUCCUUCACCUCUUCCUCUACCUCCUCCACCUCUUCUCAUCCUCCUCCUCCACCUCUUCCUCCACCUCUUCUCAAGCUCCUCCUCCACCUCUUCCUCUACCUCCUCCACCUCUUCCUCCACCUCUUCUCAUGCUCCUCCUCCACCUCUUCCUCCAACUCCUCCACCUCUUCCACCUCCUCUUCCCUCUCCAACUCCUCCACCUCUUCCUCUUCCUCCUCCCUCUCCUACUCAUCCUCCAUUUUUUUACGGCAUGGCUAUAUGUUACAGUGUCUAUGUCCUUAAUAUAACCUUGUUACUCAUUAUAUAUGAACAUAAUGUAUACAUACGUAUUGCCUUGGCUGCUAUAGAGAGAUAUAUUUGAUUCCAAAGCCAGAUAUUGUGAUGUAGAGUGAAUUACAUACAUCUUUUUCAUUGUUUAGAUAGUUUAUACAUAAAGUAUAAUUGUACAUAUUGAUAGAACUUCUAAGAAUAAUUCAUAUGCAAAACAAGUAAGCUAUAUUUUAUACGUUCAAGUCUGGGAUAAAAUGUGGUAAAGACAGUUAUAGUUUACCUGAGAAUAUAUUGUAUUUGAGUGUUGUAGUUGAAUAGGCUGAAUAGGUUGGGUGGUAGUGGUAGUGGUAGUGUUGUAGUUGUAGUAGUAGUAGUAGAAGCAGUAGUAGUAGUAGUAGUUGUAGUAGUAGUAGUAGUAGUAGUUGUAGAAGUAGUAGUAGAAGUAGUAGUAGUGGUAGUGUUGUGGUAGUAGUAGUGGUAGUAGUAGAAGCAGUAGUAGUAGUAGUAGUUGUAGUAGUAGUAGUAGUUGUAGAAGUAGUAGUAGUAGUAGAAGUAGUAGUAGUGGUAGUGUUGUGGUAGUAGUAGCGGUAGUAGUAGAAGCAGUAGUAGUAGUAGUAGUUGUAGUUGUAGAAGCAGUAGUAGUAGUGGUAGUAGUAGUAGUAGAAGUAGUAGUAGUAGUUGUAGUAGUAGUAGUAGUUGUAGAAGCAGUAGUAGUAGUUGUAGUAGUAGUUGUAGAAGCAGUAGUAGUAGUGGUAGUAGUAGAAGUAGUAGUAGUAGUUGUAGUAGUAGUUGUAGUAGUAGUGGUAGUUGUUGUAGUAGUAGUAGUAGUUGUAGAAGCAGUAGUAGUGGUAGUAGCAGUAGUAGUAGUAGUAGUAGUGGUGGUAGUAGUAACAGUAGUAGUAGUACCAGUAGUAGUAGUGGUAGUAGUAGUAGUAGUGCUGGUAGUAGUAGUAGUGCUGGUAGUAGUAGUGGUAGUAGUAGUAGUAUGACUACCAGUUUAUUAGGUACACCCAUCUAGUACCAGGCCAGUUUAUUAGGUACACGUGGAGGAGGACGGCCAUUUAUGAGAUACUGAAUCACCACGCUCAAAGUCGUUUAGGUCACUCGUUUCGCCCAUUCUAACGUUCAUUGGAACAGUAACUGAAUGCCUUGAAGCCUGUCUGCCUGCUUUAUAUAGCAUGCCAUGGCCACAUGACUCACUGUCUGUAGGAGCGAUCCAUUUUGGUGAACGUGGUUGUGCACCUAAUAAAGUGGCCGGUGAGUGUAGUUUAGAAUAACAUAGCCAUAUCGAGUAACAACAUGUUAUCAACAACUGGCUAAAUCUGAGAGCAGGAUGACAUCAUUAUUCAAACCCGAAGUUCAUUUAGCCUGACAGGCAAAUCGCCAGCACGUAUCGGCUCGUCAUUGGCUACCAAGCCCUCAUUGGUUGUCUAUCUCACUAGACAUUGGUAUUGUCUCUAAAUGCAUGUGCAGCAUACAUCACUGAGAUGCUUGAAAGGCAUGGCUGGAUACCAUCACUGGUAGAUCGCCCAUGUCUUUCUAGUCUGGACUCGGCUAUGGAUUCAACUAUUUCCUACAUAAUGAAGUCUGUCAACCACGUAUUUAUUUACAGCAGGUAGAAUACAAUGUAGAGGCAAACGCUAGAUUUAUUUUAAUAUAGAUUUGUACAGUGUUUUUGUAUAUAAUGCACUAUAUGUCAAUGAUAUUCUAAUGCUGUCUCCUUGGAGAAGGGACCACACUCUUGUUGAAUGGAUGAAUUCAGCUCCCGAUCAACUGAAAUGGAAUUCAGAAUCGCCGUUUGAAAAGGCUUCUCUGUGAAUAAUCUAGACCAUUCUAUGGAAUUAUAGAUUCACAGAACAACAUUCUAUGGAAUUAUAGAUUCACAGAACAACAUUCUAUGGAAUUAUAGAUUCACAGAACAACAUUCUAUGGAAUUAUAGAUUCACAGAACAACAUUCUAUGGAAUUAUAGAAUCACAGAACAACAUUCUAUGGAAUUAUAGAUUCACAGAACAACAUUCUAUGGAAUUAUAGAUUCACAGAACAACAUUCUAUGGAAUUAUAGAUUCACAGAACAACAUUCUAUGGAAUUAUAGAUUCACAGAACAACAUUCUAUGGAAUUAUAGAUUCACAGAACAACAUUCUAUGGAAUUAUAGAUUCACAGAACAACAUUCUAUGGAAUUAUAGAAUCACAGAACAACAUUCUAUGGAAUUAUAGAUUCACAGAACAACAUUCUAUGGAAUUAUAGAUUCACAGAACAACAUUCUAUGGAAUUAUAGAAUCACGGAACAACUGAAGGGACAGAAUCAGCUGACGUGGAGCUGAACUGUCUUCAACUAGCAAACACAGAUUUACUUUUAUAAAAACUGGGUAUUUUUUUAUAAGAGAACAGAGUUUUCAAUGAGUGCAUUUUGUUGUUGUUGUUGAUAAUAAUCAUGGUUGAUAAUAAAAAUGUACAUCCUGAUAGUAUUGCAAAUUAUAUUCAGUAAACACUAUUUGUUUUGUGCA